AUGUACGCAUCUUCCGUUUCGUGGGGCGUGGCGCCCGGCUGCUCGGCGUCUCCACUGAACAGGGUAAUCCCUCUGAUCGCCGAUCCGCCGACGGGAGAAUCGGCUCCAGAGACGGGAUUGGUGGCGCUAGAUGAACAUGCCGAAAACGACGACCACGAGCAGAACAUGGGCGAGCUGUCGCCAAAUGACCCCUACCUCAUGUCGGGCGACGAUUUCUUCGACACGCACAGCGUCCAUCGGACACAAUGCGCCUACAGGGAAUGCUCAGACACGACCCUCUUCACAUAUCGACGAUGUUGCCGAACCGACGUGUACUCGUGCUGUUGGUUUUUCCGCAUGUGGGUCAUUGUGGUCUUCGGGAUUUUCGCGCUAAAGCUCUUCCUCACAAUCUUCGUCUCGUUUUUCCGGUGUGUCUGUUGC